AUGAAGGAAGAUUUGCUGAUGUACGGUAACGAGUUCAAUCUUGCCACAACACUCUUUCUCAUUGGCUCGAUAAUUGGUGGGAUCCCAAGUAACUUCCUCAUCACCUAUGUCCCGCCGCGGUACAUCCUACCUGGGUGUGAAUUGCUUUGGGGCAUCAUUACCCUCUUCACGUAUAAGGUGACCUCCGCGCAACAGCUCUAUCCACUACGGUUCUUCCUUGGCUUGCUGGAAGGAACUUCGUUUGUUGGAAUCCAAUACGUACUCGGUUCCUGGUACAAACGCACCGAGCUUGGUAAACGGACAGCCAUAUUCGCAUGCUCCGCCUACGUGGGAACAGCAUUUGGAGGAUACAUCUUCAGCGGCGUGUACGCAGCCAGAGUUGGCAAGGGCGGUAUGGCUGCCUGGCGUUGGGCGUUCAUCGUCGAUGGCAUCAUCACGGUGGUAAUCGCCAUCUACGGAUUGAUCUUUUUCCCCGAUACACCGGAUAAGACCACAGCUUUCUACCUGUCCACCGCCGAGCGUGAGAGAUGUGUGGAGCGUCUGGUUGAGGAUGAUCGCGAGCCGACUGGGAGUUGGUCCUGGAACGUCUGUGGUAAGAUCCUCGGGUCCUGGCAAUUCUACAUCUUGACAGUCCUCUGGAUGUUCUGGCAAACCACCGUUGGCAAAGUCGGGAACACGGUCUUCCAGCUCUACCUGAAGAACGAGAAACAACACGCAUGGUCAGUGUACCAGAUCAACAGUAUACCUACCGCGAUCAAUGGCUUCAACAUUGUCAUGGUGAUGCUCGUUAACAUCUACGCCGAUGCAACGGGACGCCGGAUGCUUGCGGCAGUCUUCAGCCUGGGAGUCCUACUAUUUGGCACGAUUUGUCUUGUCGCGUGGGACAUUCCCCUCGGACUCCGAGUGCUAGCGUACUUGUUUGCCAGCUGUGAUGGACCGCUUUCGCCGCUAUACAUGGCAUGGGCCAAUAUCCUCUGUGGGAGCGACAAGCAAGUUCGUGCCAUGACCAUCGCGAUGAUGAAUGCGUUUGGAAACGCUACGACGACCAUCAUUCAACAGUUCGCGUACCCUGUGUCGUCUGCACCGGAAUUCCGGGUCGGUUUCAGGACCAGUCUCGGAUUGAUAUGUGGGAUGUUCGUGUGGAUCUUCGUGGUGCGAUUCUUCGAGCUGCGGGCGGAGAGCAGAAAGACCAAGGGUGGAGUAGUAGAGGGCAGGAUGUCGCCUGCUGGGUUAGAGGAGUCGAAGGGCCCCGUUGUGUCGGUCGAUAAGCUGACUUCCGAGGGGCGAGRGGAUUGA